AGGUCUUCGAGGAAAAGGUUGCAGCCGGUGAAAUUGGCCAAAACUUGAUCCAGGAAGCUGAGCAGCGAGGCAUGAACGGGAUGGACCGGGUGCGGAAAGUGGUCUACGAGUUCAACUUUGCCGGACUUGGUGGAGAUGGCCCUGGAGGUGGCCUUGCGACCAUGAAGAUGCUGAGGCAGAUCCAAAGAGCGCCCGAAAAGAUGGUGCCUCUUUUCAAAAAGAAUCCAGAGGCCUUUAUUAUGGAGGUGAUCAGGACUCAGGGAGGUGGUGGUGCAGGAGUUGGCCCUUGGGUCGUUCAAAAGACAAGGAAUCAUACUUUGGGCACUGGAAAGGUCCUCACAGAGUAUGCUGGAAACUAUGCCAACACCAUUGCCUUGCACGCAAAUUUCGAUCCUUCAGUAUUUGGAGGGCCUGACAGAGACCAAGAGUACGCUAUGAAGUUUAGUCCUGGACGUGAGAACGCCGACCGAAUGUUGAACUUCGUUGCUGAGCUGCGGGAGAUUCGAAAAUGUCCAAAUGUGACGGGCUGUGAGGCAGCACCUCGCUUCUGCCUGGGGACCUUCAUUCUGCCUCGGAUCAUGAAGCAGAUUGGCCUGUUCUACAUCGAGGGCCUGGAAAACGCGGCAACUUUUACAUCUCGGGAGACUCGGGAAGAGAUGUGAUCCCCGCUUUGAAACCUGCUAAUGCCAGAUGUUUAGUAGACAGCUUCUCACCUUUUCCUCAGCGCGCUUACACCGCCACACCGCGCGGUGUGAGAAGCUUGUUAUUUCCAUCGGUUCCGAAUGGCCAGUGGACACCCGUGUCUCUUGUGGCCAGUGCUGUCCCAACGCAAGAGACACCAGUCAAGAGACACCAAAAACCGCACAGGAGAGAUAUGCAAUGCAGAUGCGAUUUUUCUACAAGCGGUCCGAACCAGUUUGAAGUUGCGGU